AAUAAAACUUCCUUGUUGUUUUAAGAAUUUGAAUAUGCAGACACUUAUCGUUUUGGUAUCAAUGAUACUGACUUUGUGUUAUGGCUACCAAAUCGUAUCUCAGAAUAAGAAGACAGAGCAGGCUAUGGAGGUACCCGGCUGCCAAAACGUUGGAACAUGUCAGCAGUAUCAAUCCAGCCGUGCAGUGGAUGGAGACAUUAACACAUGUACAAGGACAACACCUAUUGGAACUACAACUCCAGAUGAAUGGACAUGGUGGUAUGUUGACCUUGAGAAAGUACUCAGCAUCUUCAGCAUCAGAAUACAGUUCAAGGACUAUGGAGAACAAUAUGUGAUGAGACAAAGAAGCCGUUUUGCUGGUUUUUCACUCUAUGUGUCGAACACAACUAUAAAGGAGAAUGGGUAUCUAUGUUACAAGAACGGACAGGAGUUACCGACCUUGGAUUUCAGUACAACAUGUGUUAAACAUGGACGCUACGUUAUAUUUUACAAUGAAAGACUUGACGGAAGAACUUAUCCUACCGGGUAUGAAGCAGACCUAGUUUACACUGAAUUAUGUGAAGUAACUGUCACAGGUUGUAAAGAAUUCCGUUUGUAUGGAUAUAACUGUGAUCUACCCUGCCCAAACAACUGUCAGGAAUUGAGAUGUGACAUUGUCAACGGAAUGUGUUUGGGUUGUACUGCAGGAUGGAUGGGGGAGUUUUGUAACACAUCCUGUCCAGCUGGAUAUUACGGUUUACAGUGUAGAUCUACGUGUACUGGACACUGCAGAGACAACCUGUCCUGUAAUCACACCACUGGACAAUGUGACUAUGGAUGUGGUAAUGGAUGGACAGGAACACAUUGUAACAGACAGUGUCCUGCAGAAUCAUACGGUCCAGAUUGUGUGUAUAACUGUAGUGGACAGUGUCUGAGUUACCUCCCCUGUAACAGAACAACAGGAAUAUGUGAUGGAGGCUGUAAUCCAGGAUAUACCGGGGAACUCUGUGACAAAGUCUGUUCAGUCGGCCGGUAUGGAUUGAAUUGUUCAGAGAACUGCAGUUCCCAUUGCCGAUCUGAAAGUAAUAAUUGUAACCAUAGAGACGGACAUUGUGAUCAUGGAUGUGACGAUGGAUUCCAAGGAAGUAAAUGUGAGGAAAUUUGCAUUCAUGGCUGGUAUGGAGAAAACUGCUCUGUACGAUGUAACGAGAACUGUGUCAACCAGUCAUGUGACCACAUCACAGGCAACUGUACAUACGGAUGUAAACCGGGAUGGAGGACUCCCAACUGCGAAAAGAAAUGUUCAGUAAAAACGUACGGCAAAGGUUGUGGAAAUCACUGCAGCAGUCAUUGCAGAAAUAUGAUAUGUAAUCCAAUCAAUGGAUCUUGUUUGGAGGGCUGUAUUCCCGGUUACUUGGGAAGUUUCUGCAACAAACCAUGUGACAAUGGAACAUAUGGACUCAACUGCUCCCAGAAUUGUUCUCAGAACUGCCUCGACGUUUGUGAUUCUGUUGACGGAUCCUGCACGUGUUUCUCUGGGUGGACAGGGUCCCCUAACUGUAGUGAAAAAUCUUCGCAGUCAGGAGGUUCUGCAGCACAAUCUGAUACGACAAAUUCUGGCGCAGUAACAGGAGCUGUGGGAGGGGCGGUGGGAGCCGUGGGUCUUAUUGUUGUACUCAUCACAGGGAUACUGUUUAUACGAUGGAGAAGAAAGAAGGAGAAAAAGCAUGAUGAUACGGAGACGAUAACAUUUUCUUCUGUCCCAGAAACGUUAACAAUAGGAGAUAAAAGACAUGAAGAUAUGGAAAUGAGUGGAAUCGGAAAUCCUGGCUUAGAAUUAAAAACUAACGAGGAAAUGCUAAUGACGAAUGCUAAAAUAGACAUAUCUGUCGCAGAUUUUGAUACAGCAAUAUUCGUCUUGUCUGAAAAUCAGAAUGCCAAGUUAAAAGAAGAAUAUAUGACAAUUCCUAGAGGACAACUACACCCAUGUAAUGAAGGAAAGAAACAGGAAAAUGUGGCCAAAAAUCGGUACACAACGAUUUUCCCGUAUGACCAUUCACGUGUUGUUCUGGAAACAUCGCCAAAAGAGUCAGACUACAUUAACGCGAAUUAUAUUGAGGAUGUGCAAGGAAAGAAAUCGUAUAUUGCAACGCAAGGACCAAAAUCAAAGACAACUGUUGAUUUCUGGAAAAUGGUCUGGCAAGAAGACAUUAGUGUAAUUGUUUGUCUGACGAAUCUCAAAGAGGGAAAUAAGAACAAAUGUGCCCAAUACUGGCCAAAUUCCAGUGACAAGAUAAAGAAAGGCAACAUCAGCAUACGAAACCAGAGAGAAAACGUAUACGCGGACUACGUCAUCAGACACUUCCGCUUGCAAAACAGCGCCGAUAAAGUUGAGCGUGAUGUGUGCAUGUUCCACUACACGCAGUGGCCAGACCACGGUGUCCCAGAACCGUUGGCUCUCGUGGUAUUCCAUCGACAUGUUCUGAAAACUUCUGUCGAACAUCCAGGGAAGUACACUCUUGUCCACUGCAGCGCAGGGAUUGGUAGGACAGGGACGUACAUUGCAUUGGACGCGCUUAAUAAGGGAGGGGAGAUAACCGGGAAAGUUAAUACCCGGCAGUAUGUAGAAACCAUGAGAAACAGCCGUGCUAACAUGAUCCAGGGCGACGAUCAAUACAGAGUUGUCUACUUGGCAUUACUUGAAUCAUUCCGAGGAAAAGGAAGGUCUGUAUCAUCCAGGACAUUUCUACGAGAAUUCCAGGAUCAUUCCUGUUAUAUCAAUCUCGGAGAAGUAGCCAAUAAAUCACCACUUUCUGCUGAAUUUCAGGACCUGUUGUCCGGAAGACGAGAAAACACACAAGAAGACUACAAAACAGCGCGGCAAAACGUCUCGGCCAAUUACAUACCCAGUGUUCUGCCUGUUGAAAGUUACAUGUGUCCAUUGUCAAACACUAAAGGGAAGAACACCUACUACAACGCAGUUUGUUUACAGUCUUUCACAAGAAAUGACCAUUUCAUCAGUGCUCAAUAUCCUCUACCAGAUUACACAGAGGACUUCCUGAGACUUGUAAAGGCUUAUUAUGCACCUACAAUUGUAUCCCUGAGCCCGUUGGUGGAAAUCGAAUCGUCUUCACUUUGGCUUCCUGCUAAAAAUGAAAGCAAAACGGUUGGAGCAUUCACGACUAAAAUGACAGAUUGUACACAAACAACCACAGUCACCAAGACUAGCAUUACUCUACACCAACAGGGAGCUAGCGGUAUGAGCGUUUGCGUACUGGAAUGUAGAAGAUGGAAAGCAGAAAGCGGCUCCUCAAACCGGAGAGUUUUACUUGAUCUCGUCAAUGAAGCGAGGGUGGAGGAAAGGACCCAUCCCGAGGGAAGGAUUCUGGUUCUGUCGAGUGAUGGGACCAAGCGAUGUGGACAAUUCUUGGUUGUAUUCAAUGCUCUGGAACAACUUACCAUGGAUACAGAGGUGGACAUAUUUACAAUCACAAGACAACUCCAAAUCCGACGGCCAGAGUUUAUAUCUUCUUUGGAAGAAUAUCAGUUUUGUUACGAGGCCAUUGCUGAUCAUCUCCAAAAUAACACAGUGUACGCGAAUUGCUGAGGACCAGUCAAAGAGAUUAUGACAUCAACCAGCCUUCCUCCAAAUAACAAUGGAAACACAUUGAAGAAUUGUUUCAUUCACUGGAGACCAGUACUAUAUAUGUACUGGUAUUAUUGACUCACCCACACUUCACUGAUUGUAUUUGCUUGCUUCUUAUUAACUAUUCUUCCGCUUCUUGUUCUGCCUUAAAAUGUCCGCAGCCGUUGUCCGUAACCAGUACAUGAAAGUAUUAGAAACUCAAGGAUGUGAUAAGGCAAUAUAUUUAGUUGUGUAGAAAUGUUUUUGUUUUCAGAUUAAAUGGGGUUAAGUUAUAUUUUGGGGGUAGGUCCAACAUAUUGUUUGAUUGAUUGAUUGUAUCUUGCUUAACGUCUCGCUCGAGAAUUUUUCACUCAUAUGGAGACGUCAUCAAGACCGGUGAAGGGCUUCAAAUUUAGGCCUAUACUCGACGCUUACGGCCAUUGAGCAGUGAGUGUUCUUUAGCGUACCACACCUACUGUGACACGGAACAUCCGUUUUUAAGGUCAUCUCCGAGGACCCAUGACAUUCACACCUGAUGCCGAGCGUUUAUAUGUACUGGUAUCAUUAACUCACCCACACUUCACUUAUUGUAUUUGCUUGCUUUUUAUUAACUAUUCUUCCGCUUCUUCUGCUUCUGCCUUAAACUGUCCGCAGCCGUUAUCCGUAACCAGGAGAUGAAAGUAUUAGAAAUUCAAGGAUGUGAUAAGCAAUAUAUCUAGUUGUGUAGAAAUGUUUUUGUUUUCAGAUUAAAUGGGGUUAAAUUAUAUUUUGGAGGUGGGUCCAACAUAGAACUAUGUUUGGAAAAAUUAGUUCCAAAAUUCAAGAGAUAUAACGUCUUUUUUUAGUUUUAACAACAUUUAUUCAGGUAUAUAGUCAGGCUUUUACACAACCCUUACAACUCAACCUGACCAGAAGGUACAGGGUUUAAAGAAUUCCAACUCUUUCGCUCACACAUUCACACGGACAGACAAGCAUACUAAACAAUGGCUAGAAGUAAAGAAAGUAGAAAAAAUGACAAUGUACUCUGGCUGAGUUUAUAAAUAUCAUACUAUAAUAAUUAUCAAUCAGAUAUAUGAUGUAAUAUCAAGGUUGUUAUUUAAUGAAAUACUACUUUAAACACACUAUUGAUUGAACAUACAUUCACCUCAUCUCUUACGAAGAAAAAGAAAAAAUUAUAACAAAUGUAUAUAAUCCUAAAAAAGAAGCAUUUUAGGAUAUUUUUGUUUUAACAUAGUUUACGUUAUGCUUGAGCUAAUGUUUCACAUAAUUUCCAUUUCUUUUCAAAUUGAUCUCUACAAUUAUAUUUACUUGCAAUUUGUUUUUCCACUCUGUAUACAUUAGUCCAAGUGGUUUAAAUGUACUCAAUGACAAACAAUAUCCUGUACAUUUGGUUAAGUAUAUAUAAUGUUUCAGAUGGUUAUUUUCAAAGUUUACCAUUUUAAUUUUCGAACAUCCAAGGAUAAAAGUAAUCUUAUCAGUUAUAAUAUUGAAUGAAAAUGUUUCAAUAAACCAACAUUGCACACUUCUUUAAAAAAAAUACUGACUUUUUUCACAAUCAUACACAAUGUAUUUCAAUGAUUCUCUCUCCUCUAAACAAAAAGUGCAUAAAUCGUUUCCAAUCAUUUUCAAAAAAGUGUUUGUAGUUAAAAUUAUAUGAUUUACUCGAUAUUGUAGCCAUUGUAAUUUAUUAUAUUUUGUGUUCAUAAAAACAUCCUUAUAAAUUCCUCUCCAUUCUUCACUAGAUAUUUCAAAUUGUUUAUCCCAUUUUCUUUGUCCAUUUGGUUUUUCUUUGCUACAAUUCAAUAUUUUGUAAAUUGUUCUAGUGUUGGCUUUAUCAUCUAGUAAAGAUAAAAUGUGUAAGGGAAUAGUUGGUUCUUGUUCUUUAAUCAGAUGAUCAAUAUUAAAAUCUUUCAUCAUUUUCUUUACUACUUGUGUUAC